AUGACUGACGCCGACGGCACAGAGAAGCCGCCACCACCAGCCGGAGAUGAGAAUGAUCAGCCGAAGAGACUGCCGAAGGUUACAUUAAAUACGCCGCCAACACAGGAGGACAUACCCCAGUUGCUGUCAACGCUCAAGUUGUUUCGGCACCAGUUCUCGCCUCGGGAGCGACAUUGCCUCGGCAAGCACCCUGUGCUAGGGCCUUUGUACGAGGGGGUUCAGGGGAAAUGCGGCCAGUUCAUUGACAAACCAAGAAGGUUCGCUGUGUGCAGCUCGAGGCAGUUGUGCCCGAAGGAGCAAUCACAGCUGCUCGCUUGCAUCCGCACCACCCGGGACGCUAGCAUGUGCCACGAGUUCCGAGACGAGGUGGAACGGUGCGGGGUGAAGAUGUCCCAGCGCCUGCUCCGAGCAGCGCUAUCGGACGACUGGUUCUAG